AUGCUGAUCCGGUUUUCCCCGAGCUACUUAUUUCUUUUCUCCGUGAUCUCGUGUGUAGCAUCGAAGCUGAGGUACCCGCUGAGGUCGGCUAGCAAACCGCGGGAUGGGAAGGUGGCGGGGGUUGUCGCAUCGGGUUCUUCCUUAAGAAAGUAUGAUAACGUUCCCUUGAUAAUGUACCUGACCGGUUUUUAGUCUCCUUCGUUGAUUGAUUACGUGUUUUUUCCGGUUUGCUCUCGGCGUGGUUAAUGUUACUCUGAAGGGCGAUGCUUCUUAUGAUAAAGGGGCCCCUCCAGUUUUCCUGUUUAGUUAUUGAAUCAUAUUUGUAGAAGGUAGAUCUUCCUUAUGAGGGUAACGCUAGACAUGUUGAUCACUUUUUCCAUUUCAGAGUAUGCCCCUCAGUUGUUACUUUAGACUCUAUAUCAUCGCCUCCAAUGACCGUGUGAUCAGCUCGUCGCCUCCAAUUACCUUCUUCUGCUAAUGUCUGCUCGAAAUUCCGAUGAUCAAAACUGGAAGAUGAUCUGAAACAAUGGAUGUUUUACAAACUUUUGAAUGUUUAAGAUAAGUGAAAGUAAGACGUUUAAUAUAUGCCUCUCUCGUGUUCCAUUUGUAGAGGAACUUCGCCGAGUGUAAGCAAGAGCAUCAGCGUGCUUCAACUCUCUGAAAAGGGAAAAACUCCGAAACCCCCUCGGAGGCUUUCAAUUCCUUCCAAGUCUUCGUCGUCCAGUUCACGCCCCGCAACGAUCGGAAGCGUAACUCCAAUUUCCAAGUAUCAUGUCAACAAACAGGAUCAUCAAGGGAACAGCGAUACUCCCGCGUCUGAUGCGUCAAAGUCUGUCAGCAGGAAGAAAUUUAGUGUGCUAUCCUCAGUAUCUUAUUGGUUGUCCCAGAUUAAGCUGUCCGAGUCGGCUGCUAAGCACUCUGUCUCUCUCGGUUUCUUCAAGCUUGCUUUAGAAUCCGGAUGCGAGGUAUAUUCUGGAACCCUGUCCAUCUCUCGCUUAACUAUUGUAUACAUCAUCGGUUUCGAGGAAUCUCCCUUCUGUAAAGACCAUAUAUAUAUAUAGUUUUCUGUCUAAACUAUAAUAGAGUUUAAUAUUCGUAGGAGUGAUCAUCGAGAAGAUAAUCUUGCCGCAGCAGCGUAUAGAUUGUUUUCUUAUUUCUUGUGGCUUUCAAGUAGUUCAUUGACUUUCCAUCGAAUCAAACCUUCAGCCUCUACAGCGUGUACGCGAGGAGCUGAAAUCCUAUGCUAACCGUCACAAGAUCUUAGAACUGGGGGAACCCGCGAGAGAAGUUCUGAAAAGCUACAGCAUUUUAGAAGAGGUGGAGGAAUUUUCGCAAGCUGCCCAGUCUUGCUCUCAGCAACCGGCAAGAUCAGAUGAAGAAGAGACGAAAUGUUCAGAUGAAGUCAGCAGCUGUUCUUCAAGAUCAGGCAAUCCGCAACCCAAGCCUGUAAAAUCCGCCAUUCUUGGCGUUGCAGCGACAACCAAGGACAGCUCUCGAAAUGGAUCCACAGCUGCCAAGAGUAGGCCACCCUACAACAGGACCCGACCCGUCACUGAUGCCUCCAAUCGUAAAGCUCCGAAGCCUCAGAAACAGCAAAAGAAUGCCUCCUCUGACAUUGAGAAACCGGAGCUCAAGACGCCCACACUGAAGAAACCUGCACCUGAAAUUGGUAACGGCUGUUCAGAUCAGAAAAUUUCUCCUCUUCAGAUUAUCGCAAUCUGCUAUAUAUAUAUUUAUACGGUUGGUGAAGAUCCGAGUGGAUCAGUCAGGAACACUGGGGGAUUCUCCUUAUAAUUUCUGAUCAAAUAGCUCCACUAGAAACUAAUCCCUUUCUUUUUCAUAUCUUGAUUCAGCCUGCACUCCACCCCCGAAGGAAACCCCCCUUGAGGAUAAGGAGAACGUGGUGAGAUAGAUCUCUUCACUUGGAACUCUCGAAUAUCUUCUGACGCGCCGAUCCCCGGUGACUGUGCCAGGAUCAUGAACUCGCGGAGCAGGCGAAUCCGGGCCCAGAAGUGGAAACCACGUGA